AUGGAGACCUACAUUCGGAGUUUAGAAGCUAUGGGUCAGAGUCAAGACACUUACGGCAGUUUGCUAGUCCCAGUUGUUAUAGAUAAGAUGCAAGUUGAAAUUAAGAAGCAGUUAGCUCGUGAAAAGGGAGAUAACAGUUGGUUACUAGAAGAUCUGCGUCGUGCAAUCAAUAGGGAGAUUGGAAUCCUAGAAACAGAUAGAGACCAGAAGAUCCCGAUACGAGUAUUAAUAGUACCUACCAUUUCAACGCCCCUCAACCAGAGAUACCAACAAUCAGUGUCCGAUUUACCGUAUCUAAAAGGUCUUAAACUCGCCCAUCCAGUUACAGGAAACUCCAUGUUUACAAUUUCGAUGCUGAUAGGUGCAGACUUUUACUGGGAUAUCGUUGAAGAUCACAUAGUACGUGGAAAUGGACCCACCGCUGUGAGAUCAAAGAUCGGCUACCUGUUAUCGGGACCUUUCCAAGCACAAAACAACCGAGCUACAGAUCACGUGUUCAAUGUAAUGGCGUCGCCUAUGACAACGGACGUAUUCGAACGUUUUUGGAAUCUGGAGAGAAUGGGAGUUUCUCCGAGCGACGAGAAUAUAGACAAUACACGCUAUUUCAAGGAUUACCAGACUUCAUCCAUAGAAUACGAGAACGGACGGUACACUGCCAAAUUACCUUGGAAACUAGACCACUCGCCCCUCCCUAGUAACUACGACAUAGUGAAAGCAAGAAUCGAGAGUAAUCUGAGAAGACUACGUAGAGAGUCCCAUCUACUCCAGAAAUAUGACGAAAUCAUUGCUAAACAGGAACGACGUGGUUUUAUUGAGAGAAUUGAUAACGAUACCCCACUCACAGGACAACUCCACUACAUUCCCCACCACCCAGUGAAAAAGGAUUCAGCGACCACGCCCAUUCGGAUAGUAUAUGAUUGCAGCUGCCGCACAUCUACCCAGUUCCCAUGCUUGCAUGAUUGUUUAGAGUCGACCCCACCCAUGUUGAAUGACCUUACCACCAUACUAGUGAAAUUCCGUCUCCAUGGUUACGCUAUCGCAACAGACAUUGAGAAAGCCUUCCUUCAUGUCGGAAUAAAUGAAGAAGACCGAGACUCUACCAGAUUUCUAUGGACAAGCGAUACUUCUAAUCCCAACAGCCCAUUACAAACUAUCCGUUUCAAGUCCGUGUUAUUUGGUGCCACCUGCUCGCCAUUCAUGCUUAGUGCGACCAUUUUGAAACAUAUUGAAAUAAACAAGCACGUGUCCGCAGCCAAGGUCAUCGAGAAAGAUAUAUACGUGGACAAUAUACUUUCAAGCUUCGAGAAAGAGUCAGAUCUACUAACCUACUUCACAGAGUCCCGACUUUUGAUGUCCAGCGCAUGUAUGAACCUCCGUUCAUGGACCUCCAACAAUGAAACACUUAGAUCCCGUGCACAAAAAGAGAAUGUGCUAGAUACGGACGAAGUUAUUUAA